AUGACACUGGAGACGAGAGUCAUCGCAGGUGGAGGUAAUGUCUCCUACUAUGGCUACAAUCCAUCCCUAGCAGUGGCCAUUGUUGCCGCUGUUCUUUAUGGUCUCGCUUUUAUUUUGACUUUCAUCCAAUGCUUUCGAUACAAAUCCUGGGUGUGGAUGGUCAUGGUUACUGCUUCCGCAAUGGAAGCAGUUGGCUACAUCGCCCGAUGCGUUUCGACUCAGAAUGUGACCAACAAGUCCAUCUACGCCCUACAAUUCUCUCUCAUCAUUCUGGCUCCAGUCCUUAUGGCGGCGUGUUGCUAUGUCCUUUUCAGCCGUAUUUUAUUCUUAAUAGUUCCAGGCGAAGAACUUACCUUGAAACUCUGCUGGGUGCCCCCACGAUUCAUCACCCCGAUCUUCGUCGGCUUCGACAUCAUUGCACUGCUUCUUCAAUUAGGCGGCGCAGUGAUCAUCACAUCUGUCAACCCGAACAAUAAUGGUGCGGCAAACAAGCUCGAGCGAGGCAGAUACAUUGCCCAGGCGGGUGUCAUUAUCCAACUGGUAGCGUUCGGUCUCUUCUCCGUCGCGGCUGUUCGCUUCAACUUUACCUCCAAACGAUUCUCAAAAAACAUUCACGACCGCUAUGAAAGCUUUGGCGAGAAAUGCUAUGUGAUUGAUGGUAUCGUGAAAAACAAGCACUGGCCAGCAUUACUGCGGGUUGUGAAUAUCGUCACUGUCUUGAUCUUGGUUCGUUCGAUCUAUCGUCUUGUCGAGUUCACCGAGGGUAAAACAGGGUACAUCAACACUCACGAGUGGACCAUGUAUGUUUUUGACGCAUUGGCGAUUUACCCGUGUGUCGCCCUUUUCAUCUACUGGCACCCGGGAAGGUUUUUGCCAUACCUGGGAUUCCGCAAGCCUAAACACGUGCGCUAG